CCACAACGUCGAAGUUCGUUUCUUGAAUUUCCAAUUCAACCGCGUUUCUCAACUUGAAUCUUUGGAAGUUGCCAGUUUUCUAAGCCCCAAAGGAACUUGGACCAUCUCGAAUAGGGAAUCUUCAGAUCGUGAAACAUGGCUUCACAAGCAGAAGGGUCGUCGAGUAAAAAGAAGCCCAUAACCAUCAUCACGAUUGGUAUGGCUGGAGCAGGGAAAUCGACGUUUGUCCAACGAAUAAAUUCGUAUUUGCACUCCCUGGACCCUCCAAAACCUCCUUACAUCCUCAACCUGGACCCUGCCGUGACCCAUGUCCCCUACGAAGCGAAUAUCGACAUCCGAGAUACAGUCAACUACCAAGAAGUCAUGAAACAAUACAAUCUGGGUCCAAACGGUGGAAUCAUGACCGCUCUCAACCUCUUUACGACCAAAUUCGAUCAAGUAUUGGAUUUGGUCGAGAAACGAGCGGACGACGUCGAUUAUGUUAUCCUCGACACUCCAGGUCAAAUUGAGAUCUUUACCUGGUCAGCAUCUGGCUCUAUCAUCACCGAUGCCGUCGCCUCUUCUCUGCCGACAGUAGUCGCCUACAUUAUCGACACACCGCGGACGACUGCACCGGCCACUUUCAUGUCCAACAUGCUUUACGCUUGCAGUAUCCUAUACAAAACGAAACUUCCAUUCGUUCUCGUGUUCAACAAGACCGACGUGCAGCCGCACGAUUUUGCUCUAGAUUGGAUGACCGACUUUGAAGCUUUCCAGCUCGCCCUGGCAACCCACGGCGGUACACGCGACUCUGAAGGCGAGCCUACCUACAUGAACAGCUUAAUGAACAGUAUGAGCUUGGUCCUCGACGAAUUCUACAAGAACCUCAAGGCCGUUGGUGUCUCCAGUGUAACGGGAGAUGGUGUCAAAGAGUUCUUCGAAGCCGUCGAUGCCUCAAGAGAGGAAUAUGAAAAAGACUAUCUCCCCGAACUCGAGCGUGCACGGAAGCGGAAGGAGGAGACGCUUCAAGCUGCCAAGCAAGAUUCUAUGAACAGGCUGCUCAAGGAUCUCACAAUCGACCGGGAAAAGAACCCUGCGUUUGCAGCUCAGGAUAGAUGGGAUCCUGAUGCUGAGGAUGACGAUGACGAUGACGAUGAGACGAAUAUCAUUGACCGGAGUGCAGACCCGUGGCCUGGCCAGUAUGUCGACCUCACGCGAGCCCAGCGGCAUCCAGACGAAGACAUCAACUGGCCCAGACCGGGAUGA